AUGUAUAAUAUCCAGAGCGGGAUUAAAAGGCGUCAAUUCCCUGAGCCAGUAUCAGCCGCCACGGCGAAGUGUCUUAAAAAUAGCACUGGGCCGGUGAAGUUGGGCAUGACUGGUAUUGGGAAGCAUAUGAAGGCGGUUAGGGGAAUCGUAAUUGACUCUCUAAACCGAGUCGUGAUUAGUACAUCACUAGAUGGAAAAGUCAAGUUUUGGGACUUCAAUACCGGAAUUAUCAUCCACGAAAUCGACUGGAGUACUUCUGGUGCAAUUACUAAAGCGAGGUUACACAGGCAUUCUGAUCUCCUCGCGGCUUCUUGCGAUGAUCUUUGCAUUCAGGUGGUGGAUAUUGAAAUCUACAAGAUUGUAAGAGAGCUUGGGGUGCGCAAGGUAGGAUAAGCGACUUUUGUUUUUCGAACGACGGAAGAUGGGUAUUAGGCGCUUCGGCGGAUAGAGUUAUCAGAGUUUGGGAUUUGCCAACUAGGCAUAUAAUUAAUGGUAUUAGGACCAAGAGUGAUGUUACUGCUAUGGCGUUUUCUGGAACUGGAGAAUUCCUGGCGACGGCUCACGUUGAUAGUGUUGGGAUAAACUUAUGGUGAGAUUUGUUUUCCCGUACUUAACUGUAGUGGAGCUGACUCGGGUUGAUGUUGGAUAGGACGAAUAGAACUUUGUUCAGACACGUUCCGACUAGACAUCUUGAUGAAAAGGACAUAGUGGACAUGACUGCUCCGUUCGCCUCUGGAGAAGGCGGUGUCAGUGCCAUCGAAGCUGCACUUAAUCCCCAGGGCGAUGGAGAGGAUGACUGCACCGGCACAUACACCACAGUAAACCAACUGAGUAGCAACAUGUUGACAAUGUCUCUUGUUCCAAGGCCAAGAUGGCAGACGCUGCUUAACCUCGACGUUAUUGAGGUAAUUUCAUCUUCCCCCCGCCCCGCAGCUUCUAGAUAAACAAGUCUAACCUUCCAUUGUAGCAACGAAACAAACCGAAGGAAGCUCCCGGGACUCCUGAAAAAGCACCUUUCUUCCUCCCCCCACUCGGCGUGAAAUCUAGUUCAUUCGCGCCAGCUGCCAAAGAGAUAACCAAUGACACCAACAGCAUACAGCCGAGCGAUCCCGCGUCCUCCGCAUGAGCCGGGACAGCGGUGAAUCUACCUUCACCAAACUCCUCCGCGAAGCAGCAGACUGCAACAACGGUGACUACACCGUCAUCCUCGCCCAUCUGAAAGCGCUCUCACCCUCGACAGCAGAUCUGGAAAUCAGGAGUUUGCAAGUAAACGAGUUGGUACCGUUCGUUCGGGCCAUGACCCAGCGACUGAGGAGCCGGAGAGACUACGAGCUCGUACAGACUUGGGUUAACGCGUUUCUCAAGUGUCAUCCCGAGGCCGUGAUGAGCGAGGAGGACGUUAGGGAUGAAUUGAGGAAGUGGAUGGUGGAACAGAAAAGGGAGGCUAGCAGAUUGGCGGAAUUGGUGGGGUAUUGCUCUAGAGUUGCGGGGUUUUUGAGUGGGAGGUGA